UAAGCAAAUUAUAUUUUGUAUGCUAUGCAUUGCGAACCUGUCAUAAUCUUUAUCACUUAAUUUCAAAUAGUUGCAUUCCGCGUUUACAUUGUUGCGCUCGGAAGAGAAAAUUAAAUAUAACUGGGUGUUUACCAGUAUCGACGCUUGUUUUUACUCAAAUCAAAUCUACAAAACUAUGAAAUUUGCUUCCUUGUUCGUCUCGACAUUCGUCUGGAUUUUUCUGUCUACAGUUAACUCAGCUCCUGGCCCUCCAGUUAAUGUAACAUUACAAAGAUCAUCGUCCACAGUACUUAACUUAACAUGGGAGAUACCAAGAGAUCCUAAUGGGAUAAUUCGUGGGUAUAAUGUAUCUUGGAGUAAAGUAUUAAAUGAUAAGAAUGAAACAGUUCCAAUGAACAGGAAUAGUACCAACACCACCAAUACUUCGUUUUCCAUUACAAAUCUUGAUCCAUAUUCUGUUUACAAUGUAAGUUUGAAUGCAUUUACCUUUGUUGGAAAUGGAGAAGUUGUAAAUGUCAGUGAACGAACUGAUGAAGCAGUUCCCAGUGAACCACGUAACCUUACAGCUUCAAAUCGUAGCUCCAUUGAGCUUAUUGUAUCGUGGGAUGAACCUGAAAAGUUCAAUGGAAUUUUACUGUCAUACACAGUUUAUUAUAAACGUAUUCGUGAUGACAACGACGAAGUUGUACAUAGUAUGAAUUAUGAAAGCAGAAACACUUUACCAGACGUGAGAACAUUGAAUCUAACAAAUCUUAGAAAAUAUAGCGUUUACGAUGUCAAAGUGAGUGCAUCAACUGUAAUUGGAGAAGGAAGGAAUUCUACGGUAAAAGAGUUUUUGACAGAUGAAGACACUCCUGGCCCUCCAGUUAAUGUAACAUUACAAAGAUCAUCGUCCACAGUACUUAACUUAACAUGGGAGAUACCAAGGGAUCCUAAUGGGAUCAUUCGUGGGUAUAAUGUAUCUUGGAGUAAAGUAUUAAAUGAUAAGAAUGAAACAGUUCCCAUGAACAGGAAUAGUACCAACACCACCAAUACUUCGUUUUCCAUUUCAAAUCUUGAUCCAUAUUCUAUUUACAAUGUAAGUUUGAAUGCAUUUACCCUCGUUGGGAAUGGAGAAGUUGUAGAUCUCAGUGAACGAACCGGUGAAACAGUUCCCAGUGAACCACGUAACCUUAGAGCUUCAAAUCGUAGCUCCAUUGAGCUUAUUGUAUCGUGGGAUGAACCUGAAAAUUUCAACGGAAUUUUACGGUCAUACACAGUUUAUUAUAAACGUAUUCGUGAUGACAACAACGAAAUUGUAGAUAGUAUGAAUUAUGAAAGCAGAAACACUUUACCAGACGUGAGAACAUUGAAUCUAACAAAUCUUGAAAAAUACAGUGUUUACGAAGUCAAAGUCAGUGCAUCAACUGUAGUUGGAAAAGGAAUGAACUCUACGGUAAAGGAAUUCUUGACAGAUGAAGACACUCCUGGCGCUCCAGUUAAUGUAACAUUACAAAGAUCAUCGUCGUCCGUACUUAACUUAACGUGGGAGACACCAAGGGAUCCUAAUGGGAUCAUUCGUGGAUAUUAUAUAUUAUGGUGUAAAGUAAUAAACGAUAAGAAUGAAACAGUUCCCAUGAACAGGAAUAGUACCAACACUACGAAAACUUCAUUUUCAAUUUCAAAUCUUGAUCCAUAUUCUGUUUACAAUGUAAGUUUGAAUGCAUUUACCAUCUUUGGAAAUGGAAAAGCUGUAGAUCUCAGUGAACGAACCGGUGAAGCAGUUCCCAGUGAACCACGUUACGUUAGAGCCUUAAAUGUUAGCUCUACUCAACUUAAUGUAUCGUGGGAUGAACCUGAAAAAUUCAACGGAGUUUUACUGUCAUACACAGUUUAUUACAAACUUAUUCGUGAUGACAACAACGAAGUUGUACAUAGUAUGAAUUAUAAAAGCAGAAACACCUCAACAGACGUGAGAACAUUGACUCUAACAAUUCUUGAAAAGUAUAGCGUUUACAAAGUCAAAGUCAGUGCAUCAACUUCAGUUGGAGAAGGAAGGAACUCUACGGUAAAGGAAUUCUUGACAAAUGAAGACACUCCUGGCCCUCCAGUUAAUGUAACAUUACAAAGAUCAUCGUCCACAGUACUGAACUUAACAUGGGAGAUACCAAGCGAUCCUAAUGGGAUCAUUCGUGGGUAUAAUAUAUCUUGGAGUAAAGUAUUAAAUGAUAAGAAUGAAACAGUUCCCAUGAACAGGAAUAGUACCAACAGCACCAAAACUUCAUUUUCAAUUUCAAAUCUUGAUCCAUAUUCUGUUUAUAAUGUAAGUUUGAAUGCGUUUACCAUCGUCGGAAAUGGAGAAGUUGUAAAUGUCAGUGAAAGAACUGAUGAAGCAGCUCCAUCUGAACCACGUGAUUUAAACAUUUCUGAUGUCAAAUUUAAUGAAUUUACUCUUUCUUGGGAUGAACCAGAACGUAGAAAUGGAAUCAUUCUUGGUUAUACAGUGUAUUAUAAACUUAUAAGGAAUGAUAAAAACAUGACUGUUGAUCAAAGACAGUGGAUGAAGAUGGAAAAUAUUCAAGAAAGGAGAUUAACACUGCAAAAUCUUGAAACAUUUAGUUUUUAUGAAGUCAAAGUAAGUGCAACAACUUCAGCAGGUGAAGGAAGAAAUGCAUCUGGUGAAUUUAGAACUGGAGAGCCUAAUUCUGGUCCCGCCGAGAAUGUUACACUGAUUACUCUUUCAUCAUCACGUCUUCUGUUGAGAUGGGAAGAACCUAGUAAUACAAAUGCUGAAAUUACUGGAUAUAAUGUAACAUGGAAGAUGGUUUCCAAUGAUAAGAAACAAAAUGUCAAUGGUCGUUUAAGGCAUGCACAUCUUGCAAGAAACAAAUCAUUGUUUGUCAUUACCGACUUAAAACCGUUUUCUGAAUACUUAGUUGCCAUAAAAGCUAUUACACUGAUUGGACCAGGAGAGGUUGUUGAGAGACGGAGUCGAACAGGAGAAACCAUUCCCAGUGAACCACGUAACGUUAGAGCUUCAAAUGUUAGCUCAACUCAACUUAAUGUAUCGUGGGAUGAACCUGAAAAGUUCAAUGGAAUUUUACUGUCAUACACAGUUUAUUAUAAACUUCUUCGUGAUGACAACAAAGUUGUACCUGGUACAAGUUAUGAAAGCAGAAACAUUUCAUCGGACGCAAGAACAUUGAUUUUGCACAAUCUUGAAAAAUACAGUUUAUAUGAAGUUAAAGUGAGUGCAUCGACCAGAAUAGGAGAAAGUGAAAAUUCUACAAAUGAAUAUCGAACUAAUGAAGAUGUUCCUGGUGUUCCAAGCAAUGUUUCAUGCGGGCAGUUGGCAAAGAAGUCAUUAAAUGUCAGUUGGAAAGAACCUUUAGAUCCAAAUGGAAAAGUUCGUCUGUAUAAACUUACUUGGAUAAAAUUAAGAAACAGAAAUGCUGAUGAGUGGAAUACAUUUGGAGAAAGACAGUCUUAUACAACACCAAACACAAGUAAAACAGAUAUUGGUGACAAUAGUUUGGAACCGUUUACAAUAUAUCAAGUAAGUGUUGCUGCUCAGACGCUCGAAAGAUUAAGUUUUGGUAAACAACAAAACAUAUCUUGUAACACAACUGAAGAUGUUCCCAAUAAAGCUCCCAACUUAAUUAGUGCUUAUCAUUUGGGGCCAUACAGCGCUAGAAUAACAUGGGAACCAUUGAAUAACCUGAGCUGGCAAGCUGCCAGUAUCAUUUAUGUUGUAACAUAUCAAUUGGUGGGUGAUAAUAACAGACUAACUGUUGAAUCGGACGUGCUCCAGGUAGAUCUGAAUGGUUUGAAUCCUAAUUCAAGUUAUAAUGUUACUGUUUUGGCGAGAAACAGAGUUGGUGAUGGUAUAGAAAGUAAUUCAAUGGAGGUUAUGACAAAUUUGUCUUUUACUCCGUGCAGAUAACAUCAACUGUGAUUCCGUUUACCUUGGAAGAAUAUCAAGAUGAAAAUGUCACAAUCUAUCAAAUCCUCGUUUUGGAAGUGAUUGAAAACCUCAGACUUCCUGAUACAGAUAUAAACGUGACCAGGUAUUAUGUUAAUCGAGUAGCUGGUGAACCUUACAUAACUGCAGAGUUCCCAUCAUCGGAAUUUGAUAUGUAUAAAGACUUUCUUGUUGGUCAAGGAAACUCUUUCACGAAUGCAAAA